UCAUAAGCACCUUCCUUUUCCCCUACUCAUUCUCAUCAACUUCUUAUUAUGAAACUAAAUAAAUGUUCUCUGACAAAUGAGCCACUUCUUCUACCAUUUAUAUUACACAUCUAUAAUAUAUUCAUAUAUGUAAGUGUACUCGUGAGGAUAUACACAUAUAUAAAGAACCUCUCCUACUCAUGUCAUUUAGCCUGCAAAGCCCACAAAACAAAACGUUACACAAGUCUUCCUUCUCUCCUUCUCUCUCUUUCGCUCCCCGUGCUUUCUCUUUAGAGAAACAGUAUUGGAAGAAGAGAGAAGAUAUGGAGGUGGAGAAGAGGACAAUGGUGAAUAGAAGCAUGAAACUACCAAUUGGAUACAGAUUUCAUCCAACGGACCAGGAGCUUAUCCUUCAUUACUUGCUCCCAAAGGCCUUUGCUUCUCCUUUGCCUUCCUCCAUCAUCCCUGUCUUUGACGUCUUCUUCUCUCAUCCUCUUACUUUCCCAGGUGAUCAAGAGGAGAAGAAGAGGUACUUCUUUUCCAAGAAGAGAAGAGAAGUCUCAAGUAGAAUCAAGAUUUCAUCUGGUGAUGGUUAUUGGAAACCUAUUGGGAAAGAGAGAGAAAUCAUUGCCUGUGGUAGAACAGUUGGGAUUAGAAGAACACUUGCUUUCCAUGAAACAAACAAAGCAUCUUCUAAACUCAACAAAACUAGAUGGAACAUGACAGAGUAUUGCCUUGCCGGAUUUGCAUCAACAAAGCAGGUGUCUGGUGAGUGGGCGGUGUACAAUGUGCAUGAGAGGAAAGCAUCCAAAGGAAAAAGGCAGAGGAAAUCAAGAGGGAGAGAUGACGCAGAAGAAGAAAACUUGAGUUGCAUCGACUUUACGAUUGGGUCAGAUCAUGAAACCGGUCCUCCACCUCCCUCUCCUCCUACCUCAGCUGAUGAGUCAGGGAGCAUUAUUUAAAACGUGGCUCCUUAACCCUAACCUACUCCACUUAUGUUUCUUUCAAGCUAUUUUAAAAAGUUUCCACUUCUUAAUUCAUUUGUUAGAGAAACAAGUAAAAGGAGGCUAAGGGGUUGUUUUGAUCCAAAAGUAUUGUGUGAGUGGAGAUUUGUUGAGCAAACCAAAUAUGUGUCAAACUUGUUAACUUUUACUUGAAGUUCUUUUAACA